CACUAAUUGUCCGCUUUCCGUUGCGGUACCUUUCGAGUACACCUCACAACUCCAGUCGCUUUCAUAAUGUUCGCCAAAGUGUCCAUCAUCGCCACUUGCCUGCUAGUGGCUGCGGUCAGUGCCAAACCACACGUUCUAACUCCGGUGGCAGGACCUGCAUACGUCACAGCACACAGCUCCCAGGUGUUUGCUCGGACGUACCAUGGAAUAGUGCCGAUUGCGGUUUCUGCUCCAGUUCCAACCGCACCGGUUCCCGUUCCUUACCCGACUUCCUUUGCAGCUUUCUACGUCCCACAUGCUGGACAGACAGUGUUUUCCUAUCCAUUUUAUGCUCCCGCUCCAGCGGCCGCAGUUCCAGCAACUCCAGCAUUUGUGGCCACUCCGGCUGCAGUAGUACCCGCUGCCAAGGUGGUGGCUGCUGCUCCGGUGGCUAAGGUGGUGCGAACAGCACCCUACCUGACGACCAUUCGAUAUCGCUCGGUUGUUGGCUAGGCAACAGGGUUGCGAUGUGAUAUCCGUAGGUUGGGUAGUAUUGUCUUAAUCAUAGUUCUAUAACGAAGUACCUAGCUAGUCCGUAGCAAAUAAGAAAGUCAUUAAAAUACCAAAGUGCAAUCAAUGA